UCCAGUUCCGGAUUUGACUAUGAAACACGUGGUCCUCUUGUGUAUACUAUUGUCCCUCAUAUAUAUUGUUUUGCAAGCUGAACAAGUACGGGGAGAAACUAUCAACACGUUAAGAUUGAAUCACCCUAAUGUAGCUAGUGGUAAAGAAAUAACUUCUCGUUUCCUAGUGGGUACCCCUUGUAAUUCUAGUAUUUCUUGUGGUCCUGAGCUGGAGUGUGAAGAAGGGGUUUGUGUGCAUGUUAAGCUCGGAAGUCCGUUUACGGUUCGCGAUGGAAUGGCUUGUUUAGUAUUUUUUGUUGCAGCUGCUAUGGCAAGUGCUGGAGCAAUUGCUGGCGGGCCCAUAUUUGUUCCUGUUUUGGAAGUCAUGUUGAACUUUGCAGUUUCACAGGCUGGUGGAGUUUCUCAAUCUAUGAUAACGGGAAUGGCAGUUGCUGUAAGUACCAUCGCCUUUCUCAAGAGACAUCCAGAAAGGGAUAGACCAGCAGUGUAUUAUGAGAUUGUUACUAGUAUGGUUCCUAUUUGUCUCAUGGGAACUUUUAUCGGUACUUAUGUGAACCAAGUUCUUCCUGGAUACUUUACAGCGUUCGUUGUUGUUAUUAUAUUGAUUUAUUUGGUGAUUACUACUUCAAUGAAGGCUAUGUCUCUCAGAAGAAUCGAGUUACAUGAACGAGAUUUGCGCAACACGGGAACAUCCUCAGACUACGAUAUGGCAGAUAUAUUGGUAUCGCAAAAUCCUCAAGACUCGAAUAAUACCAAUGCUACCAAACGGAAUUCUUUUUCGAAGAGUCUCAGUAACGCAGCUGGUACUUGUGAGGAACAUGCGUGGACAACUACGAAUGAUUCGGAUGAAUACAACUCCAACUUGAAUCUACCUAGUCAGCGCAAUAAUAAUAAUAAUAAUAACGCAACUACUGGAAAUGAAAAUGGCGAGAGUAGUAGUGCUUGUCUUCCAAAUGUUCAAAUCACUCGCAUCUUUGCAAAGAUACCAUUUCUGGGAGCGUAUUUGCAUCCUCCAAAGUCAUCGCCUGAUAUUGACAGUAUGCUGAAAACGGAAAGACGUCGAUUUCAAUGGGGUGAUUUAUUGCUUUUAGUGACCACUUGGUCUUUUGUUAUUAUUUUCGUUGCACUUCGAGGAGGGAAACCCAGAAUAAUCAGUCCAUUGGGAGUACAUUUGUGUGGUUGGAUUUAUUGGUUUUUAUUAGCUAUUCUUGAACUUGUCUUGCUUAUUAUAUCUUCAGUGACUAUGUUGCGUUUGUAUUCUCUGCAUCAGCAUCGUGUUCGUCUGGGAUAUUUAUUUUGUCGUUCAGAUGUUCGUUGGACUCCUAAAACGCUUAUUCUAUAUGGUAUAUUUUGCUUUGUAUGUGGACUUGUAGCAUCUUGGGUGGGUAUUAGUGUUGAAACUCUUGCAGCAGGAUUUCUUUUAGUUGUGCUUGGAGUAGAUCCUUUGGUAGUGCAACUUACUGGUGGUGUUAUUAAUUUGUUUACAAGUAGUGCUAUUGCCGCAGAGAGUGCUGCGAAUGGUAGUUUAGCUUGGCGUUAUGCAUUGUUCUAUGCAGGCUUUACAUUUUUGGGAGCUUUGGUAGGUGUAUUGGUGGUUGGCCAUUUUGUUAAGAAAUAUCAUUUGAAAUCGAUUAUUGUAUUUUGUUUGGUGUUUUUCUUAAUAGUGGCCACUGGAUUGGAGCUUUAUGUUGCUAUUCAGACACUGCAAGAUACGUUAAAAUAUGACACUAGUAAAUUUCCUAUUGGUAGUAUAUGUUGACAGGGGAUCGAUAUUGUCUUCUUGAUGAUAGUUGUUUUAUGGAUUUGUAAAUAUUAAAAUUUUUUCAGGUUAUUAUGAAACCUUGAGAAAUUCUUGGUCCUAUUCAUAUGUAGGAAUAGUAAUAUUAUUCAUUAUAAAAAGCAGCCGCAUCUCCCUUUGCCAAUACGAUAAACUGGCAAUCCAUAACUCUAUUAUGAAGGACUCUUUUAGCAGCUAAGAUAAUCCUACUCUA